CACAGUUUAGUCUGCAGCAACAUUGAGAGCUAUCUAAAAGAACACUUUUAGAGCUAAAGGUCAAAGCUCUUGUGACCCCAGAGGAUGUCCCCUCUCUUCCCAAGACUGUCUGAUAGCCAUCUCAGGGCUUGAAAUUCCACACCCAGGUGUAUAACCACGGGUGCUGAUGCAGACCCAGGGUUUCCAGAGAAAUGUGGUGACCCCUGGGAGCUUGGCCGCAUGCCAGUCACUCCCAACAAACAGGGAGAUGGGAGCCAGGCCUCCCCUGUUUGAUUUAUUCUUCAUUCUUAUGUCUAAUGUCGUGCCUUUUCUACGAUUUAAGCCAGACUCCCAGGGCGCCCACAUCUUUGAAGAGCGAACCACCCUUGCCACCUUAGGUUGGUACCCUGAUGGGUUUUGAGAGCUUAUUUGCUGGCAAGGGGGACCCAGGGUGGGAUUGGAGUGUGGAGACCAAGAGGAGCAUUGGGGAUGGCAACCUGGGGACUCUAGAGUGGGUGAGGAGCCCUAUCAGCAGAAGAGCCUGGGGUUCUAGAAGAGGAGUGCAUGCAAGUGUCAGUGACCCCUGCCGGGGAAGGUGGAAGCAGGUCAGUACCUGGGUUCAGGGAGGACAGGGGAGCAGGGGCCCCGUGGGAAGGGUGGGAAGCAGACAAGAACCGAGAGUGGCUCCCUUGGUCUCUUGCUAACAGAACUUGCUGAUAAGUAUGGUUUCCUUCCUUAGAGUGUGAUAAUGGCUUCCUCUCCAGAGUAGGGUCCUCUUGCGAUGGAAUCAGUGACUUUCAAGGAUGUGGCUGUGGACUUCACCCAGGAGGAGUGGGGCCAGCUAGACUCCCCUCAGAGGGCCUUGUACCGUGACGUGAUGCUGGAGAACUACCAGAACCUUCUUGCCCUGGGACCCCCAGUCUGCAAGCCGGAUGUGAUCUCCCACCUAGAACGAGGCGAGGAGCCUUGGUGGAUGCCCAGAGAAGUCCCUGGAGGGUCUUGUCCAGAGGGGGAGCCCGGGCCUGGGGUGAAGGACAAGUCAUGUCAACAGCAGGGUGUUUACAAGGAAGAGCCUUACCAGGAGCCAAUCACCAAACCACUGGGGAGGUCCUGCGUCCUCAGCUCCAGCGGCAACGAGUGGGCCAGCGAGGGCCUGGCGGCCGCUCCAGGGAAAAGCGAGGCUGUGCUGCAGAGGCUAGCACCGGGCAGCUCGGGGGACAUUCCCCCAGAGGGGCGCUGGCACAGCUGCAAGGCAUCUGAGGAUUUCCCCGCUGGGUGCACUCUCUUCACCCCUCAGACCAUUCCUGCAGAAGGAGACCCUCCUGACAGGCCCACCGCGAGCUUCCAGUCUGGUGGACGGAGAGGGGGCCCGGGGAGAGGCCCCAGCAAGUCCAGUGACCGCGGCGAACACCCACCCUCGAGCGGGCGGCGGGGAGUGGCGGCGGGGGACGGCCUGUUCGUGUGCGGCGAGUGUGGGAAGGCUUUCCGACAGAGCUCAUCACUGACGCUGCACCGGCGGUGGCACGCCCGGGAGAAAGCCUACAAGUGCCACGAGUGCGGCAAGGCCUUCACGUGGAGCACCAACCUCAUCGAGCACCAGCGCAUUCACACCGGGGAGAAGCCAUUCUUCUGCAGCGAGUGCGGCAAGGCCUUCAGCUGCCACUCGUCGCUGAACGUGCACCACCGGAUCCACACGGGGGAGCGGCCCUACAAGUGCAGCGCCUGCGAGAAGGCCUUCAGCUGCAGCUCCCUGCUCAACAUGCACCUGCGUGUGCACACGGGCGAGAAGCCCUACCAGUGCAGCGCCUGCGGCAAGGCCUUCAACCAGAGGACGCACCUGACGCGCCACCAGCGCAUCCACACCGGUGAGAAGCCCUACCAGUGCGGCGCGUGCGGCAAAGCCUUCACCUGCCACUCGUCCCUGACCGUGCACGAGAAGAUCCACAACGGGGACAAGCCGUUCAAGUGCGGCGAGUGCGGCAAGGCCUUCAGCAGCCGCUCGCGCCUCACCCUGCACCAGCGCAUCCACACGGGCGAGAAACCCUUCAAGUGUGGCGAGUGCGGCAAGGCCUUCAGCUGCCACUCCUACCUCGUCGUGCACCAGCGCAUCCACAGUGGGGAGAAGCCCUUCAAGUGCAACGAGUGCGGCAAGGCCUUCAGCUCCCACUCCUACCUCAUCGUGCACCAGCGCAUCCACACCGGCGAGAAGCCCUUCGACUGCAGCCGAUGCUGGAAGGCCUUCAGCUGCCACUCGUCGCUCAUCGUGCACCAGCGCAUCCACACCGGGGAGAAGCCCUACAAGUGCGGCGAGUGCGGCAAGGCCUUCAGCCAGAAUCACUGUCUCAUCAAACAUCAGAAAGUCCACUCCGGGGAGAAGUCGUUCCGAUGUAACGAGUGUGGGGAGAUGUUCGGCUGGAGCGCCCACCUUGCGGAACACCGGAGAAGACACAGUGAGGAGAAACCCUUCACCAUCGAGUUUAACAAGCACUUACUGAGCACCUACUAUGUGCCGGGAGGCCUGCUGGGCACAGGGGACGCGGGUGUGAGCAGUGUAGACACGAUGGAUGCCCUAGACGUGGCAGAGCUCCUGUGUGCCGUGCAGCCCCCAGCCGGCAGGACAUCCCCGCUGGGCAGCAAGCCUGGAAAUUAGUGUGGCAUGCCCGCCCCUUGGCCUUGCUCCUUCCCCAGAAAGGGGAAAGCACAGCAGCUGAGAUACAUACAGCCUACUCAUGCCUCUGGUUUAGAGACUGGCCCUGCUGCCUGUGUCGAUGACCCACGCACUGGUACCACUCUUUCAGAAGUCAUCACCACCCCAGGAAGUGCUCCACUGUAGGAAAGAAGAGCUGAGGGCCAUCUGAGGGUGUCCCAUCAGCCUGCUUUCCUUAAUGGGCUUGCAAGACACUGGGUCUCUCCUGCAGGCAGAAAGAAGGUGUAUUGAUCAUUGUGUCCUCGGACGGGCUCCUGGUAGGAUCUCGAUCAGGAAUUUCCUUUGUAUGUUAUGUUUAGAAGGAUAAUGAUAGUAAUAAAAACAAACAGAAGAAUUAUUAACAGUAUUCCAAGUGAACAUUAGUAUAUUCCAGGAGGGGAGAAUGAUCUCAAAUCUCAAAUGGUGGGGGUUUAGGAAAAGGCAGAUUUCCUGGACUCACCUCUCUGCAGCAGCUCUACAACAGUCUUCUGGUAGCGAUAGCUCUCCGUCUCAGGAGCACAGCCCAGCUUUGGAGUAGCCAGGUCCUGAUGUGCCAGCAUCGAGCCUGGCCAUCUGGUGCCCACUGGGAAAUGGUGAGCACACAGAUGGAUGCUCGGCGUCCAUCCAGGGCCUGGUGCUGGGAUAGAUGUGUCUAGAAGCUCACCUUCUCCUCGAAGGGCCUCCCUCUGCUCCAGGGAGUUCAACCCGCUGGCUCAGCCCUGUGGGAGGAAGCCCUCCACGGGACCUGUGCCCAUGCUCUCUGCAGAGGUGGGUGGGCUUCAUCUGGAAUUAAUGUUCCUUCCGCUCAGUCCUAAGCAAGUCUAAGCUGCUUUCUCAGUGAUAAUACUUUACAUUUAUAUAGAGAGCUAUAGUUUCUGAAGUGCUUUUUAGUAUACUUUUUAAAUUAUGGCAGCAAAAUAACCACAUUUCAGGAAAUGUGGAAGUCAGGAAAAAGGCCCCCCGUAAUUCCUAAUAAACUGCAUUUCGCACUUUGAUACAUUA